UUCUUUUUCUCCAGCUCGUCAGCGAGAAGGUUGGAGGAGCUGAAGGGACCAAGCUUGACGAUGACUUCAAGGAAAUGGAAAAGAAAGUGGACCUCACCAGCAAGGCGGUUACAGAAGUACUGACCAGAACAAUAGAGUACCUCCAGCCGAACCCCGCUUCCAGAGCCAAGCUAACCAUGCUCAACACGAUGUCAAAGAUCCGCGGGCAGGUGAAGAACCCCGGCUACCCGCAGUCAGAAGGGCUGCUGGGGGAGAGCAUGAUCCGAUACGGCAAGGAGCUGGGCGAGGACUCCAACUUCGGCGAUGCGCUUCUUGACGCUGGCGAAUCUAUGAAGCGGCUGGCGGAAGUGAAGGACUCGCUGGAUAUUGAAGUCAAACAAAAUUUUAUUGAUCCCCUCCAGAACCUGUGUGACAAAGACCUGAAAGAGAUCCAGCACCAUCUCAAGAAGCUGGAAGGCAGACGCUUGGACUUUGACUACAAGAAGAAACGACAGGGCAAAAUCCCCGAUGAGGAACUUCGACAGGCCAUGGAGAAAUUUGAAGAGUCCAAGGAAGUAGCGGAGACCAGUAUGCAUAACCUCCUAGAAACUGAUAUCGAGCAGGUGAGCCAGCUCUCAGCCUUGGUGGACGCCCAGCUGGACUACCACAGGCAGGCAGUGCAGAUCCUGGAUGAGCUUGCGGAAAAACUCAAACGCAGAAUGAGGGAGGCUUCCUCGCGCCCCAAGCGGGAAUACAAGCCCAAACCCAGGGAGACGUACGACUUCGGAGACACUGACCAAUCUAACGGGGGCUUCUCUUGCAACCCUACCCCCAAAGUCUCAGCUUCCUCCUCUUUCCGAUCCGACAAGCCGUCCCGGGCCUCCGUCAGGAGUAUCCGUGAGUUUCCUCCCUCCGCACUGCAUGAUGUGUGACCAUCUCUCCCCACCCCUCCUUGCUCCUCCUUCCGUCACGCUGCCGCUUGGAGCCGCUAACACCUCCGUGCUGAGCCUGGCUGGCAGAUCAGCCCAGCUAAGCUAAGCUGGGCUAAGCCCCAAAUUAAAACAGCCACACUAUAUUGGUAUUUACCACCCCAAAGCCUGUGCUCACCCAGAGGAGCUGUAGCAGCUAUCGUCACCCAGAUGUGUCCUGCCUGUGGCCGCAGGGAUCAGGUGCUUUUCCACGAGGUAUCAGACAUCUCGAGGAUUACCCGUUCUUGUGACAAGCACCCAGCUUGGAUCUCUCCCAGUCCUGCUCAUGCCACCCCCCUGUACCCCACUGCUGAAGGCUGGAGGGGAGUGGGUAAAGCCUUGGCACGCUGAGCCCCACCUGGGCAGCGGGGAGCCUCGAAUGGGUUGUGAGCGUGGGGUUUGCGGCUUAGCAUUCCUCCUGAAGGGACUGGGGGGUCCCGUUGGGGUCCCAAGGUCAGGCUGGCUCUGUGGCUCGGAGGCAUCGCGGGGGGGAAGCUCGUGGUGGUGCAGCAGCAGGGCAGGAGGACUUGAGGAGCCUGGUGCAGGGGAAGUGCUGUGGUGGUGGUGGGACCAGCCUGGUGUUUUGGGAAGCUGUCUCGAACACAAGAACCUGCUUGGCUGCUGCUUUUUGGUGUUUUCAGAGUUCUCUUCUAAUGCUGGGUCCUUUCCUGCUGUGGAUGCUCAGCAGACCAGACGUGCUGGCUGCUGUUCGUGCCAUUCCCCCUGCCCUGGUUGGAAGAGCUCUAGCACAGAGCUGUGCAGGCUCCGGAGCGAUGCAGG